GGGUCACGUGAAAUCAGCCGCGUUCUGGGCCAGGACUUGGCUACGCGGCUGCUGGCUCCCCCAUCUCGGCUAGGCUCGCGCGGCUUAAGAUGCGCAGGGAGAAGGGCGCCAUGUGUACCCCAGUGUUACAGUUCACCAACUGCCGCAUUCUUCGGGGCCGGAAGCUGCUCAGGGAGGACCUGUGGGUGCGCGGGGGCCGCAUUCUGGACCCGGAGAGACUGUUCUUUGAGGAGCGGCUCGUGGCCGAUGAGCAGCGGGACUGCGGGGGCUGCAUCCUGGCACCCGGCUUCAUUGACGUGCAGAUAAACGGUGGAUUUGGCGUUGACUUCUCACAGGCCACAGAGGAUGUGGGUUCAGGAGUCGCCCUGGUAGCCCGGAGGCUCUUGCCGCACGGAGUCACCUCCUUCUGUCCCACCUUAGUCACCUCGCCACCGGAGGUUUAUCACAAGGAGGAAGGUGUGGGCUGGGACGCCUGCCUAAGAUACCUAUGUCAUGUCCUUCCUCAGAUCCCCGUGAAGAGUGGUGGUCCCCAUGGGGCAGGGGUCCUCGGGGUGCACCUGGAGGGCCCGUUCAUCAGUCGGGAGAAGCGGGGUGCACACCCCGAGGCCCACCUGCGCUCCUUUGAGGCCAACGCCUUCCAUGAUGUGCUGGCUACCUACGGGCCCCUCGACAAUGUCCGCAUUGUGACGCUGGCUCCUGAGCUGGGCCGCAGCCAUGAGGUGAUUCAGGCACUGACAGCCCGUGGCAUCUGUGUGUCCCUAGGGCACUCAGUGGCCAACCUGCGGGCCGCAGAGGAAGCCGUGCAGAGUGGGGCCACCUUCAUCACCCACCUCUUCAACGCUAUGCUGCCUUUCCACCACCGUGACCCGGGCAUCGUGGGACUUCUGACCAGUGACAGGCUACCCCCAGGACGUCACAUCUUUUACGGGAUGAUCUCCGAUGGCAUGCACACCAACCCUGCUGCUCUGCGUAUUGCCCACAGGGCCCAUCCCCAGGGACUGGUGCUGGUCACUGACGCUGUCCCUGCCCUGGGCUUGGGGAAUGGCCGUCACACACUGGGGCAGCAGGAGGUGGAGGUAGAUGGCUUGACAGCCUACGUGGCAGGCACCAAGACAUUGAGUGGCAGCAUAGCCCCAAUGGACGUUUGCAUUCGGCAUUUCCUUCAGGCCACAGGGUUUCCUGGGGGUGAACACUGGGAAUGUGGCCAAGGUCCCACCCACAGGAAUUUCACAGCAGGGGACGAGGACAGCAAGCAAGCAGAUGGCUUGGAACCCAGAGUGACAGGCACUGAAGCCACAGCACCCAAGAGAAGGGCCUUCACCCCAUAUGAGGGUAGAACCUUGGCCUGGGGCCUGUGGGAUCGCAGGACUUGGCAGGCUGCAGUGUCGAGUCGGCCCUGGAGGCUGCGUCUCUGCACCCCGCCCAGCUGCUGGGACUGGAGAAGCGCAAGGGGACCCUGGACUUUGGGGCUGAUGCAGACUUCGUGGUGCUCGAUGAUUCCCUCCAUGUCCGGGCCACCUACAUCUCAGGCGAGUUGGUGUGGCAGGCGGACGAGGCCAAGCAGUGACUUGAGGACCAUAUCUGGAGUGAACGCGCAGCCCCAGCUGGAUACUGUCAGGGCUGGGCAGUUGAGGAGCUGGUCUCCGGGAGCGACUGGGAGCCCUGCCCUGGGUGGACAGCCUUGGCUCCAGAGGCAGCUGGCUUGGAUAAACCAUGUGCCUUCCCGCUGGGACUCCCUUGGUCUUCGAGUUUUGCUUCAAAUUGGGCUUCUUGCUGUUUCCACCAUAACCCCGGUGUUUGUGGCUUAAGGUUGGGAGUGGCUGGACUCCAGCUCAGCCUUUUGAGGUUUGUGGGGUCCAGUGGAGGGCUCCUUUCUGUUAGAAGAAUGAAUCUGAGGCCUGCAGACUUGCAGGUGGAUGUGCAAUUUGGAAAUGAAUGGAGAGCAGAAGAGUGGAAGCCACGGGCUGCAGAUUGGAAAGCCAAAAGCCAGCAGGAAGGGGCUUAGGGACCGUCAGUGUGGACGACUUAAGUUUGCUUGUCGGGUCUGAGGAAAAGGGUAGUACACCUUGGAAUUUUAAACAGGAGAGAAUUGAUCGUGGAGAUAAGAGAUGGGCAGGGAAGGGCCUCAGGCAUUGCAGAGGUUUGGGGGCCAGGUGUGUGUGAGUGGCCCAUGGUCCGUCUCUGCACCCCUGAGUUGUGCAGGGCCCCAGGCACUCCUCUCCGACCUUCAGAGCUGGGUUACCCAACUCUGAGUGCAAGAGGCAGUGGUUGGAGGACCUCUGAACUGUCCCUGGCCAUUGUUCCCUGGCCUGCCCAACUGGCCCAGCUCUUGUCCCACCUCCAGCCCUUGGGAUCAUCGAGGUUCCAUUUCUUUUCUGAAGAGCCCCAUCUUCUGACCCAAUUCCCAGGAGGGUGGGACGAGCCCUUCUGCACUCUGGUGUUUGCAUGGCUGUGGAUGACCCUGCUCAUUGCUGGUGGGCAGUAUCCUGUCCCCUGCAACUGGGCCCCACCUUCCAAGUCUCCUUGGCCCUCUCAAAGGUUCCUGGGAGAAGGAAGAUGAGCUCGACUAAUAGGUUAGAAGCUGAGCAGUGGUCGUCACUGCUCACCUGGUACCAGGCCUCAUUCUUGUGAUCUGCAGGUGUUCACUUGUUCCAUUCACCUGCCAAAAAUCCAAAAGGGUGUGCUGUUUGUCAUCCCUCUUUCUCAGAUGAGGAAACGAGCCCUGAGUCCCAGGGCUGGUGAGCACCAGGGCCAGCAUUUAGCAUGGCCUGGAGAACCCCAGGAACCUCCCUUUGACCUGUCACCAAAGCAUUUCUGGGUCUCCACCCAGAAAUCAUGGAGGGGCUAAUUGAGAUGGUUGGUGGUCAGCCAGGUGGCACCAGAGUUAACAGCCAGCACUGGCUGGGAAGAAAGAGCACCUCAGGACAAAGGAAUUGCCCCACAAAGGCCAAUCACAUGGGCUUAGUAUGUUGGAAGAACAGAACUAAUGGCCACCAGGGCUGGAGAGAGGUGUGGGGAUGGGGGACUGGAGCUAGGCCUUGCAACUGUGAUGAGUUGGGAAUUUAUUUGAGGUUUAGGGGCAGUGGUUGGAGAGUUUACUUUUUAAUUGUGAUAAAAUACUUGUAACAGUCUACCGUUUUUUUAAUGCAUAGGUCAGUGACAUUAAGUACAUUCAUAUUGUGCAACCAUCGCCACCAUCAUCUCCAGAACAUUUUCAUCACCCCAAACGGAAACUGCACCCAUUAAACACUAACCCACAUUCCCCUUCCCCCCAUCCCUGAUACUGGAAGGUUCUCUUUGUUUUUGAGUCUGAGGUGGCCAUUUUAAGCGUGUCUUCCAGUUGCUGGAGUAGCAAGGGCUUGACACUGAGGGACUGGCUAUGAGGCCAGAUAAAAUGAAAUGGGCGGGGAUGGUACAAACUUGCCCUAGUGGUUGUGGACUGGGGAUUGGAGGAGGGGACCACUAGGUGUCUGUCUGACACACUGAUGGGUGGGGGUGAUUUUCACAGGCUGCGAUAAGAUCCCUGGGGAGCACCUGGCAGUGCCCACAUCAUCUCCAUGGCUUCUUUAGUGUCUAUGAGUGGGAAAGACUUGAGGACCCAGAGUCUGGUGCAGGGAUCAGGUAGGGUAGCCCCUCGCAACCGCCAUCAAGUCAGGACUCCAGAUUGGGGGCAAGGGCCACGUGACCGCUGCGUCUAGGAUCCCAGAGACCUCCCUUGAAGCACCGGGAUUGUGCCAGGCUCAUACAGAUUUCACUGGGGGCGGGGCGAGGUGGGUAGGGGUGUUCUUUCCUUAGCCUCGGGCUCCUCAUGGGGAUGACAGACCUGUAGGCUUUGAGCCCACCCACCGGGACACCGUGGGGGAAGAGGUGCUCGGGGGCCGGACAAUGAUUCCUGGAGAGGUUCCGGGUGAUUCAGGCCCAAGGAAGCAAGCUUGAGAGUAGGGGAGGGACAGUAUCAACCACGGGAAGAGUCCGACAGCUGCCAUGCCCAAACAGGGGCUGGGUCUGAGCAGCAGGGCGUACACGAUUCCUGUCCAACCCGCUCGCCAUAUCCGGGGGCCUGCAGCCUAGGUAUGGGGCGGCUUCUCCAGUAAAGUUGGAGCGGGACUUUACCGGGACGAAUCGAGAUCCCCAUGCGGAGGUACGCGCCACGGCAUAGCAGUAGGGACGCACGUCGCCCUCUGAUCAACUAGAGAGUGGGCGGGCAUCCUAGACCCCAAUACUGCGCAGUCGAGAGGGCUCACGGAGGCCCGAGCCUCAACGCCCCGACACAGGCCACCGUGCCCCGAAGACUGAAAAGGACACAACCCGCCUGGCCCCGCCUCUGUGCGCCUUCUGGCCUCACUGCGACCCUGAGGACCCCUCUGCGCCUCAAUGCUCCUCUCCACGUGCCACUGUGUCCCACCUUUCCUUACCUGCCUUCCAAGUCUCCUGCCAUAACAUCUUGGUGCAGCUUCUAACAAGGUGAUCCUGCAUUUUUUUUUUCCACAUUUGUAUCUUGGUUCGUGUUAUAAACUGAGGUUGUAUUUUGGAUAUUGUUUUGCCAUGUACUGUUUUUAAGUUGAACAUGAAAUGGAGAGCUUCCUGACUGAGGAUAUGUGGAUCUCUCUCUUUUAAUAAAGUUCCCAGUGUUCUCUAAGUUAAAUGUUCCCUAACUUAAAAACCAUAUGCCACUGAAGACAAUGGGGUUCCUCCCCACCCCUAUCCCAGCAGAUCUUGGAUUCCUAACCCAAGUGAAACGUGAGAUAAUAAAUAUUGUUUUAUGCCUUUAAA